UCUCUGAUCGAUCUUGGGCUCUCCUAUAAAUAUAUAGGAACGUACGUAAAGUUUCUCCAAGCAGAUAGCAGCAAGCUAAGCAAGUGCCAACCAACGAGUAGCAGGAAACAUGUCUCCGCCCGUCAAGAUCCUCGGCCACUACGCGAGCCCGUACUCGCACCGCGUCGAGGCCGCUCUGCGGCUCAAGGGCGUGCCGUACGAGCUGGUCCAGGAAGACCUGGGCAACAAGAGCGAGCUGCUGCUCGCCAAGAACCCUGUCCACAAGAAGGUGCCCGUGCUCCUCCAUGGCGACAGGGCCGUCUGCGAGUCCCUCCUCAUCGUCGAGUACGUCGACGAGGCCUUCGACGGGCCGUCCAUCCUGCCGGCCGACCCCCACGACCGUGCCGUCGCCCGUUUCUGGGCGAACUUCUUGGACACCAAGCCGUUCUGGCUGGCGUACUGGGCGGAGGGCGAGGCGCAGAAGGCCGUGGUGAAGGAGGCCAAGGAGAACCUGGCGCUCCUGGAGGCGCAGCUCGGCGGGAAGAGCUUCUUCGGCGGCGACACGCCCGGGUACCUCGACAUAGCCGCGUGCGCGUUGGGUCCUUGGAUCGGCGUGCUCGAGGAGGUGACUGGAGUGGCCUUGCUGGACGCCGACGAGUUCCCCGCUCUAUGCCAGUGGGCCAGGGACUACAGCUCCAGUGAAGCGCUCAGGCCAUGCCUGCCGGACAGGGACCGACUCGUUGCCUACUUCACCGAGAACAAGGAGAAGUACAAGACAUUUGCCAAGGCAACGUUGCAUCAGUAGCUGCUAGUUGGGUGCAAACCGCUUGUUUAUCUCUGUGUGGAAUAAUGUAUACGUACGUGCUCCCUCGAUAUCAAAUAAAUCAGCUACCGGAGUUGACUGUAGUCAAAUUGCUAUAAGUAUAGACUUAUAGGUUUACAAGAAAAGCAUUGAUAUUUAUGGCACCAGAAUAA